AGCAGAAGCUGAACUUUCAGAGAAUCCACCUUAAAAAAAAGGAGGGGAGAAAAAAAUCUCUGCCUUCAAUCCCGCCAGCGGAAAGAGGGGAGGGGAGGGGGGGAAAGAAGCGACAACAAACCCCGACACCCCCCCCCACCAAAAAGAGACGAGGAAAGAGGGGGAGCCACCCCCGAAAAGCAAAAGAAGCCCCCAGUCGCGAAUGGAGGGAAAGAAGAGCGCCAGGAAAAGCCCCGGGAAGGACGCCUGACUGAGGGAGGCUGCGCGCCCGGCGGCCGGCUGCCUGGCUGCCUGGCUGGCUGGCUGGUGGCGGCCCCCUCCUCCCCGCCCCCCGCUCCGCCGGCGAAGCAGGCCCGGCGCCCGCCCCCCUCCCCAAAAGGGCGCCCGAGCCCCGCCGCCGAUUCCCGCCCGGCGAAGCAGCCCCGCGGCUGGCUCGACGGCGGCGGCACCGCGACCGGGGCCGGGCGAGGGGGGCCAGCAGGCGGGCAGCAGGGGCGCUGGCGGCGGGCGAUGACCAUGACCAGCAUGGCUGACGGGAUGGUGGAGGCGCCCGACUCGUCUAAAUCCGCCUUCAUGGAGUUCGGGCAGCAGCAGCAGCAGCAGCAGCCCCAGCCCCAGCAGCAGCCGCCUCCUCCUCCCGGGGCUCAGGCGCCCGGCGGCGGCGGCUGCGGCGGCGGCGGCGGCGGCGGCGGCUCCUCGCAGCAGCAGCAGCACUCGGCGGCGCAGCAGCAGCAGCAACAGCAACAGCAGCAACAACAGCAGCAGCAGCAGCAGCAGCAACAGAGCUCGCCGGCAGCGGCCAUGGCCGGCGCCCACUACCCGCUGCACUGCCUGCACUCGGCGGCGCCCGCGUCGCACCCGCACUCGCACCAGCACCCGCACCACCCGCACCACCACCACCCGCACCACCCGCACCACCACGCCGCGCCCUACCCGGCCGGCCCCGCCGCCGCCGCCGCCAACUCCUACAGCCACCGCUCCCUGGCCGCCGCAGCCGCAGCCGCCGCCGCCUACCCCUACGUGAGCCACUCGCAGCACAGCCCCUACCUGCAGCCCUACCACGCCGGCGGCGCCGCCGGACAGACGCGGCCCGACGAGCCAGAUCAGCAAAAAACCACAGUGAUCGAAAACGGGGAGAUCCGAUUCAACGGGAAGGGGAAGAAGAUCCGGAAGCCGCGGACCAUCUACUCCAGCCUCCAGCUGCAAGCUUUAAACCACCGGUUCCAGCAGACCCAAUACCUGGCGCUUCCCGAGAGAGCAGAGCUGGCGGCGUCGCUGGGAUUGACGCAGACACAGGUGAAGAUCUGGUUCCAGAACAAGCGCUCCAAAUUUAAGAAACUGCUCAAGCAAGGCGGCAACCCCCACGAGAGCGACCCCCUGCCCGGCUCCGCCACCCUGUCCCCGCGGUCUCCCGGCCUCCCUCCUGUCUGGGACGUUUCAGCCUCUGCCAAAGGAGUCAACAUGCCUCCCAAUAGCUACAUGCCUGGUUAUUCUCACUGGUACUCUUCUCCACAUCAAGACACAAUGCAGAGACCACAGAUGAUGUGAGCCGGCCAAGAGAAACAAGCUUCCCGGAGCGGCCUCGUCUCCAUCAGGGCCUUGGCCAGCAGGGCCAGCUCCUCGCAGGGCUCUGGGGGGGACCGGGAGCGUGUGGCCAGGAAGGCAGACCUCGCCUUCCUGUUCGCUUUAACCUCAGCCAGCGAGCUCAAAUAGACAAGAGACCAUUUGCGCUGCGGGCCCACGUCAGACGCCGCUCUUUAGGAUAUUUCUAACGGGACUCCGAGGCACCAAGAAGUCUCUCUUGGGAGUACAAGUCACAGCAAAAAAAAAAAAAAACCCCAACAAAACAAAAAGAUUUUUUUUAAAAGAACAGACUGUUUCCCACCAGCUUCAAAAUACAACCCAGCAAAAACCAAACUCCUUGAGUGGAAAAGAAUCUACUCUAUUUUUAUUCGCUGAACCGAGAUGGACAGGAUAGAUUGGGGGCGGGAGGGGUGAAAGAGAGGGUCUUCGGAAAGGGAGGAUACCGUUUGGAAAGAGGGAAAGGAAAACCUGAAACCAUCCCAUAAAUAAAUGGGGACGCGGGCUUUCUCCUGGUGGAACUGACAGCUGCCGGAAGGAAAACUCCCCUCCCCGACCAAAGGCACCUCCGGAAACCCAGAGCCCCUGAAAGCGCUCCUGCACGUGGCCCCAGGAAAGGGGAGCGAUGGGCCCUUACCCCCCUCUCCUGCCUUUCAGUGGGGCUGGGCGCUUCGCUUGCGGAUGGAGCUCCGGGAGAGGAAAAACUGUGAGAAAGUCAGGCUCCAAGCCCCCCACCCAGCCCCCACUCCACCCCGGUCGGCGGCCGCCGCUCAGCUACCGAACAAACUCGUUGUACAUAUUGUUGAAUUUUAGUUGUAUAUAUACUUUGUAUGUUUUGUCUCCUUUCAUAUAUAGAGUAAAAAGCCUCCGAACGUC